GCAGCGGGUAACCAUCGCUCUUGACUCUCGAAGCCAUGAGGCAAAGUUUGGAAACUGGCGGUUCUUGGAUCCCUCUCUUUAUUCCUUUGUUAGGAAUUUUUUCGAUUUCUAGUGCACAAAAUCAUGUCGGUGAAGAUUUAGACGCGAAAAUCGCUUUUGAUUUACCGGGACAACAGCCACCAAUCUCGUUUGCGCAAUCUACAACAGAUCACCCAAGCACGGGAUAUAUUGUCUAUUGUCCUUGUAUGGGCCGGUUUGGAAAUCAAGCUGACCAGUUUUUAGGAUCAUUAGCAUUUGCAAAAGGAUUAAAUCGCACCCUUGUGUUACCUCCAUGGAUAGUUUAUCCAAGUUAUAAAAGAGGUGACUCUGAUCGAGUACCAUUUGAUGACUGGUUUCUUGUUAAGCCACUUGAAGCAUACCACAGUGUUAUAACAAUGGAAAAAUUCAUGAAAGACAUUGCUCCAACAAUUUGGCCACCUGGAAAAAGAAUAGGCUUCUGCUACUCAUUCCGAGAUGGUCAGAAGUGUGAGAUGAAGCAGGGAAAUCCCUUUGGACCUUUCUGGAAUCACUUUUAUAUUGACUUUGAUGAUUAUCAGGAACAUUCUGGCUUGUUGUGGGACACAGAACAAGAAUGGGCUAGAGUUGGAUGGAACACAAGAUUUCCAGAGUCAGAGUUUCCAGUGCUAGCUCUGAUGGGAGCACCAGGAGCUUUCCCUGUACAUUCACAAAACAGAUGGUUACAAAAGUUUGUCCAGUGGUCGACUAAAGUUGAAAAUACAGCCAAGGAGUUUAUUUCUACUGUACUGAAUAAUGAACCUUUUGUUGGUAUUCAUUUACGAAAUGGAAUUGACUUUGAAAGAGCUUGCGAACAUGUUAAGGAUGGAAGUACCUCCUCCUUCUUUGCGUCGCCUCAGUGUGUUCAACCUGGCUCCAAAGACAAGCUCACGCAUCAAAUGUGCCUACCACUGAAGAGUGAAAUCCUCAAAAAGACCAAAAAGGUGGUGAAGAAAGCUAAGGCAACAAGAGUGUUUGUGGCAACGGAUAAUGAUCCAAUGAUUAGAGAGCUCACAGAAGCAUUGAAGUCUUUAAAGGUGUCUGUACACAGAAGGGAACCUUCAGAUGAAGUUAAUGAUCCGAUACUGGACUUGGCAAUCCUUACCAUGUCGAAUCACUUUAUAGGCAAUUGUAUGUCAAGCUUCACUUCGUUUGUGACUCGCUAUCGUGAAGUCAAUAAUAAACCAACCUCAUUUUGGGCUUUUAAAGAUAAAUAGCAAAACUAAGAAAAAUCGCUUUUUUUUUUUCGUUUCUGUAUGAGGUUGAUUUUGAGAUCAAAGAAUUUUUACAUCUUGACAGUGUUAAAAUUACUGCAGCUGCCAGAGUCCUUCUUUUAUUAGAUUUCUCGAUUGUCUAUGAAUUAACUGCAAAUGGUGUUGUAAACUAAUCUCGAUAUGCACAGCCUCUCAGUUUUUCGUGGCACAUUGUAGUUUCAAUUGUAACUUAGUAUAGGAUAUUUAUAGAUAGGGAAUAUUACAGAAACAAAUUUCAUUUGAAUAAAAUUUCCUUUCCAGAAA